CUCCUUCUCUCUCUCCUCGCCCUAGGUGUUGGGGCAGCUCAUAGCGCAGUCAAGGGGACGGGAACGACCACAAGAGGAUGGUCUUGCUGCAAGAAUUCGUGUUCGUGGAGUAACAAGGCUCCAGUCAGCAGUCCAGUCCUUAGCUGUGAUGCGCAGGACAAUCUCUUGAAUAAUCCAGCUAGAAGAGACGGUUGCGACAGUGGAGGCGGAGCGUUCGCUUGCUCUGAUCUGAGUCCAUGGGCGGCUAGCAAUGACCUGGCCUACGGCUGGGCAGGUGUCAACUUGGCGGCAACCAACGAGAGUGCUUGGUGCUGCUCUUGCUAUUCGCUGACCUUCACGUCUGGGCCGGUCAACGGAAAGCAGAUGAUCGUCCAAGUGGUCAAUAGUGGCGCUGAUCUGGGCGACGACCAGUUCGACUUGGCUGUCCCCGGAGGUGGACAAGGAGCCAUGCAGGGAUGCACUAAACAGUUCGGGGCUGAGGACGUUUGGGGAGCGGAAUACGGAGGUGUGUCGCAUAGGGACGAAUGCGAUGCCCUUCCGGACCCGUUGAAAGGAGGAUGCUACUGGCGAUUUGACUGGUUCCGGAACGCAGAUAACCCGAGCGUGAUGUGGGAGAAGGUGACAUGUCCCGAAGCCCUCACCUAUGUCUCCAAUUGCCGGCGCAACGACGAUCCUGUCCCUGGGAAGAGCACCCCGACGCCAUCGACCACAUCGUCAGCCCCAAUCUCAUCUGGAACUGUCGCUCUGGGAGGGCAGUGUGGGGGCAAGACGUACAGAGGCCCGACUGUGUGCGUGCCCGGAACGGUGUGCACGUUCGUGGAUGAGAACUCGUAUUACUGCCUGCCCGAUCCGGCAGGCACUCGCACCCCUACGCCAACAACGACAACCCCAUCUGCUCAGCCAACCAUUGCGGAGCCCUGGGACCAGUGUGGAGGGCGCGGAUACACGGGCCCGACCAGGUGCAGGAACUCGCAAUGCGUCAGCGUUGACGAGUGG